AUGGAUUCCAUGAGAUCUUUGAAUACCUCGUUGCCAAGUUCGACCCCUCGCCCGCAGCCGCCGGAACAACUCCUCCAAUCAUUCAAAGCUGCUGCUUUGUCCGUCACCAACCUCUACAAGAAUGCCGUCUGUGAGCAAGCUCAGGCAAAAUCCGCUGGCUACCAGGAGGCGAUCGAAGACCUGCUCCAUUUUCUCGACCGUGAGAACCUAGGUUUGGGUGAUGGCGAGGGGUGGAAAGUGCGACAGUGGGCGACGGAGAAGUGUGACGGAACCGCCUCCCAAGCCAGCGAUGAUGACGAACGAGUGGACUCCGACAAGCGGGAUCGCAGUGCUACGCCUGCAACAACGAGCAAAGAAGCUCCGCCCUCCGAAUCAACCCCGCGACAGCCGCCUACCUCCGUCCCGACCUCCAUUCCCCCUCCAAGUCGAUCAGAGACAACCACACCCACGCCACAGUCCCAAGAGACCUCUUUUGGAGCCCCGACAGUGUUCACCUUCACCGCAGGGCCAAAUUUCCCUCAGUGCCAGGAGCUUGAUAUGGACAUGCAAUCGUCUGACCAUUCCGCCCCGACAUCCCAAGAUGGCGCAUCUCCUGUUAGCGUUUCUUUAAUGCCCCGAAACCCCCGAUCCCAACUUCGUCACAACAACCACAGCCGGCCCAAUGCUCGUUCUGCCACACGAGAGCCCUCAGCCAGCCUGGGCUCAAAGAGGAAACUCACAUUUCCAGAUUUCUUCGACCUAUCAGGCAUGGCUAAUGGAAGGGACUUAUUUGGAGGAGGCAAGCGAGGCCGCUUCACCUAG